UUCUAAUCAGUGCUUUACAGAGCAUAACUUUUUCAGGUAAAACAAUGUGAAGUUUUACUUCCUGUCCUAAACGCCCACACUGAAUUUGACAUCCUGUUUGUACACUUAUUAUAGUUAAGUCCGGUGUUUUACAGAAUACUAAUAUUCAAGGUAACAGUAAAGUUUAAGUUUCUGCCUAAACUGCCCACGCUGAGCUACUCAUCCUCUAUGUCCAUACGUCUCUCUAACGGAGUCUGGUCAUGAAACAUCAAAUCUGCGCUUUCAUUCUCAUCCAGAUCCUGAUAUUGGGUCCCUCCAUAGGAAUGGACAUAAAUGUCACCAAAAGUUCAAUAAGUGCCACAGUUGGCCAGUCGGUACUCCUAGAGACAUUAUACACUCUGCCCCGUCAGAUGAGCAAAUAUACGAUCCGAUGGCUAUUCAAUGACAAAUUUAUUCUGUAUCACGACUUCUCCACUGAUCUUGAUGGACUUUCUAGUGGGAACAAAAGAAAACCCAGUGUUUUUCCAAAUUUUACCAGACGGGUGGAGUUCUACCCAACAAAUGCAUCACUAUUGCUACAGGACCUCCAGAUCAGCGAUGCUGGGAAUUACGUUGUCAUCUUGUCUGCUGAAGGCAAAAUAUAUAGAAGGAAUAUCACCCUCUAUGUCACUAGCAUCACUUCUUCCUGUGAGUAUCAUCAUUAUUAUUACCUCUAA